UAUUUGACACUUCGGUCCACCGCAUUCAAGCACUCAUAUCAUGCACAAUGUAUUGAAUUGUCCGAGUGCAGGGAAUCGCGCCCCUUAUCACUGGUUUCCUGUAUAGCUGGUGAUAAUGCGAACUAGCUCUCAUCUUCGGUCAGUGACGCCCCAAUUUAUCAUGCAUCCACCAAUGUCUCUGUUCUCAUCCCACCUGUCAGCUGUUCUCCCUUCAAAAAAUGCUUGGCAACCUUGCAUACACUGAAGAUCCUAAAGAAGAUGAAGGCGAUGAGGCGAAGAAGGAAGAAGUGUCAGCAGAGGAAGAAGGUGACGCAAAAAAGAAGCCUAAGGAUGACACUGAUCUGGGCCAUGUUGGUCCAAAUGCGCAGGGUAGCCUAUUCGACCGUAUGUGGGAGCUGAAGAAGAAGGCCGAGGAACGAAAAGAAACCGAACGUGACAAAAAGCUGAAGGUGGAAGCAAAGAUUUUGGAGAGUGUUGCCGAGAAAACCGCUCUUAUGGGUGUUGCUGAGUUAGCAAAAGGUAUACAAUAUGACAAACCUAUUAAAACUGGUUGGGCUCCUCCCUCUUAUAUAUUGGCCCAGAGUGAGGAGAAAUCUGAUGCGAUACGCAGAAAGUACCGUAUUCUGAUUGACGGAGAAGACGUUCCUGCUCCUAUUCGCAAUUUCAUCGAAAUGCGCUUCCCUUCUGCGUUGGUCCAACUUCUCCAAGCCCGUGGGAUCUGCAAACCCACUCCAAUUCAAAUGCAAGGACUUCCAGCUGUCCUCAGUGGGCGUGACAUGAUCGGCAUAGCUUUCACAGGGUCUGGAAAGACUAUGGUCUUUUCCAUUCCAAUUGUAUUGUUUGCCAUGGACCAAGAGCAAAAAAUCCCCUUUUUGCCUACUGAAGGACCGUAUGGUCUCAUUUUAGGGCCUUCGCGGGAAUUAGCCCGGCAAACACACGAGGUUAUAUGUUUCCUGAUCGAUAAUUUGGUCAAAGCCGGUUUACCGCAAAUUCGUUGUAGCCUAUGCAUCGGCGGCACAGCUGUCAAAGAUCAGGCGGAUGCCUUUCGACGUUCAGGCGUACACAUCCUUGUUGCCACUCCCGGCCGUUUAAUCGACCUGCUGGAGCGUAAGAUUUUCAACCUUGAGGUUUGUCGCUACUUGGUUUUGGACGAGGCAGAUCGCAUGGUCGACAUGGGUUUUGAAGAGGAAGUUCGUACAAUUUUUUCUUAUUUCAAGGGCCAGAGGCAAACGUUGCUGUUUUCGGCUACCAUGCCCAAGAAGAUACAAAAUUUCGCCAAAUCAGCUCUCGUGAAACCAGUCACGGUGAAUGUCGGUCGGGCUGGUGCGGCAAGCAUGAAUGUCACGCAAGACGUGGAGUACGUUAAGCAUGAGGCGAAGAUUCCACACCUUUUGCAGGCACUGCAGAAAACUCCACCUCCGGUGAUCAUCUUUGCAGAGCGCAAGCAAGACGUGGAUGCCAUUCACGAAUAUCUGCUUCUCAAGGGUGUCCAGGCGGUCAGCAUUCAUGGGGGCAAAGAUCAGGAGGAACGAGUUGCUGCAGUCACUGAAUUUCGGGCGAAGCACCGCGAUGUUCUCGUGGCCACUGACGUUGCAAGUAAAGGUCUCGAUUUCCCGGACAUCAAUCAUGUGAUUAAUUACGACAUGCCAGAAGAUAUCGAAAACUAUGUUCACCGCAUUGGUCGAACUGGUCGUGGAGUUCAUCGCGGAUUGGCCACCACGUUUAUCAAUAAGUCAGUGGAUGAAUCCACCUUACUCGACUUAAAGCAUCUACUCAUCGAGGCGACUCAGCGCGUCCCCGAAUUCCUUGUCGAAUUGGUCUCCGCCACCGAGCACGAGCUGGAGAUGGGUGGCGAAGUCGGCUGCGCCUACUGCGGUGGGUUGGGCCAUCGCAUCACUCACUGUCCCAAACUGGAAGCGAUGCAAAACAAGGCCGCUGGCAAUCUGGGUCGCAAAGAUUUUCUCUCCUCCGCAGACUACUAA